GAGAGAGAGAGAGAGAGAGAGAGAGAGAGAGAGAGAGAUGGAAUGUGUAUGUGUACACUUAAGAGCCUCUGAAUGAGUCACAUUUCUGGGAGCCCGGCUGGCAGCAAAGAGAGAAAGAUGAGAACCCGCCAGGUACUCGCCUUCCUCUUGCUCUUCGUGAUCGCCUCCGGGGCCUCUGAGAACGCCAGCACGUCCCGGGGCUGUGGGCUGGACCUCCUCCCUCAGUACGUGUCCCUGUGCGACCUGGACACCAUCUGGGGCAUCGUGGUGGAGGCAGUGGCCGGGGCGGGCGCCCUGAUCACGCUGCUCCUGAUGCUUAUCCUGCUGGUGCGGCUGCCAUUUGUUAAGGACAAGGAGAAGAAGGACCCUGUGGGCCUCCACUUCCUCUUCCUCAUGGGCACCCUGGGCCUCUUCGGGCUGACGUUUGCCUUCAUCAUCCGGGAGGAUGAGACCAUCUGCUCAGUCCGCCGGUUCCUCUGGGGUGUCCUCUUCGCACUCUGCUUCUCUUGCCUGCUGAGCCAGGCGUGGCGCGUGCGGAGCCUGGUGCGCCACGGCAAGAGCCCUUCAGGCUGGCAGCUGGUGGGCCUGGCACUGUGCCUGAUGCUGGUGCAGGUCAUCAUCGCCAUCGAGUGGCUGGUGCUGACCGUGUUGCGGGACGCGAAGCCAGCCUGCACCUACGAGUCCAUGGACUUUGUGAUGGCCCUCAUCUAUGACAUGAUUCUGCUCAUGGCCACUCUGGGGCUGGCCCUCUUCACGCUGUGCGGCAAGUUCAAGAAGUGGAAGCAGAAUGGGGCCUGCAUCCUGGUUACAGCCUUCCUCUCCAUGCUCAUCUGGGUGGCCUGGAUGACCAUGUACCUCUUUGGCAACACCAGGCUGCAGCAGGGAGAAGCCUGGGGUGACCCCACCUUGGCCAUUACACUGGUGGCCAGUGGCUGGGUCUUCGUCAUCUUCCAUGCCAUCCCUGAGAUCCACUGCACCAUUCUGCCGGCCCCGCAGGAGAACACACCCAACUACUUUGACACAUCCCAGCCGAGGAUGCGGGAGACGGCGUUUGAGGAGGAUGUGCAGCUACCGCGGACCUAUAUGGAGAACAAGGCCUUCUCGAUGGAUGAACACAAUGCAGCUCUGCGAACGGCAGGAUUUCGCAAUGGCAGCUUGGGAAACAGACCCAGCGCUCCAUUCAGAAGCAAUGUGUAUCAGCCAACUGAGAUGGCUGUUGUACUCAACGGUGGGACUAUUCCACAUAGAAGAUUGUGCAGUACUUGACUUUCUCUGUCUGACUUAUUUCACUUAACAUAAUGCCUUCAAGGUCCAUCAUGGCCGUCCCUAAUUCAGUUCAGGUCAAAAGUGUGCACUGCAGUCAAGAGAAGUGAAGUUUUACUAAAGAUGACAGAUUCCAUGCUCUCGACUCAGCUGCCUGUCACCGCUCACCUUGUUUUCCAAAUUAAAAACUCAGGGUAACACUGGGGUCAGUACAAGAGCAGAAGAGAAUCUUUCCUGGUCUUUCACAGUUUGGACAGGAAUGUGAUCCAGGUGACUUUCUGCAUCAGCCAAACAGGAAAGUGAGCUAAGCACAGGGCGUGGUACUAUUUGUAAAGGAAAUUGUCCCAAAAGAUAAAAAAAAACCUCCCCUGAAAACAGAGAAACACAGUCCCCUGGGGGGAUGAGGAAUCAUUUUGGAAAGACCUUCUCCUUUUUGGUUCUAGUGUGCUUGUGCUGGAUGUUAAUGCCUAAAAGGUUAUUCUGAGCCAGGUCGUGGGCCCUGGUGGCUUGCGGAGAGCCAUUGUUAGAAACAGUGUUGGUCAUUGUUGCCAGGUAGGGCAGAGGAUUCCAUUGGGCCUGCAUCCUGGUCCUGAGCUCCCCUUGACUAGGGGCACAUGCUGGCCAGGCCCAACCAGGGGAGGUGUGGACACCAUCACUGCACAGUAGUUUUUGCCCACAGAAGCAGACUGAAGGCUUUCAGCACAGGCCACGCCGGCAAUCUUCAAGCUGAAGCCACACCAAGACUUUACAAGGAUUCUCGGCCACAGCUCAUUACCAGAAAGUCAGGCUCCAAAUCUUCCACUUCCAUGUCUGGACUUGGCAGUUGGUGGGGUUUAUAUCUCUGCCCCUCUCCUACCUGUCCCCCUCCCAGCAUUAUCCAUUGUGUAAAACAUCCCCAGGGGCCAAACGGCAGUUUGAAGUGUUGGUGCCCUGCCCCUCCCCGCCAGUUUCCCUUCCUUUCAAUGUUUAUUAACUGUCAAAAUGCAUCAUGUAUUUGGCUUUGUGAACUACUGAAAGUUGCAUUAAUAACUCAAACCAGAAAAAAAAUUUUUAAUACUUGGAAGCUGUGGUCACUGGAAAUUAAAAAAAUUGUUUUCAA